GACGCCUUUUUAUCAAUAUCAGUCGAUGUUUUCAAUAUUAAGUUCAUUUAGGUAGAAAGUACUCAUUUGCCAUUCGACAUUCAUUUUUGUGUUUUAGUCAUAGGAAUACGUCAAAACAAUGGCUUCAGACAAGAAAUCAUUUGUUGAUAAAAUUGUGAGCUAUCGACCGCCUGCCCUAGACAAAACUUCUGCUAUUAAUUUUUAUGUUCCAGCAUUUGGCUCGCUUAACUACACAAUUUUGUCAAUUAACGUAAUGAACCCAGGUCUUUUACAAAGAAUAAUACCUAAACCAGAUCUUACUAAUUUACUUUUACUCAAUUCAUGUGUGGGAUCAACAUUAUUCAUUGUAAGUCGUCCUCAUUUGAGAUCAUCACCUUUGAAGAUACGUGUUCUUUACAGUGUAUAUGGUUCAGUUUUGUUCAAUAUGGGAUCAGUGUUGUCAUGGGCUAUUAUUCGUAGUUUAUUGCCAAAUAACACUGCAAUAGCAACUCUUGCUGGAAUUUUUUCUGGAUUUGCAAUUACUAGUUGUGGUGUUGCUUAUUUAGAGCACAAUGAUAAAAAUUUUAAAUCUUAAAAAGUGGGCUGGGUUCAUAUUUUAUUUUUUAGUAUAUUCUAAACUAGUUUAAAUGCUAAGUUAUUUAAUCAAAUAAUUUAUGUAUUCCAUUUUUAUUGUGAGGGAAUAAUAUUACUUUUAAACUGUUGUUUUACUUAGCACACAUUUUUUUUUAAUUUAUUUUAAAUUUUCGUACUUUCUUAUUACACAUAAGUCAAGUAUAUUAGUUAUUGAGUGUAUAUUUAUAAUUUUUAUUUAUUGAACCAAAAAUAUAUUUAAACAUAGUAUAUCAUUUUGUA